AGAUUUCCUCUUUUAUUUUUUUUAUUUUUUCUGUCUUUUGCUUUCGGUUUCAGGGAUCGUUUGGGGUUCAGGGCGUACGUUACGUCUCGUUCUUCUCAUUCCUUUCUACGUUGUCGUUAUACUUCUCCUCCUCUCCCCCUGCUAAUCUGCCAUCAGGAAUACCUGGCGUCCUCUUCUUUUCAUUCUACCGAUGUUCUGAUGAAAACUGCAAGAUUCCCUUUGAGGUCCAGCCCGUACGAUCUCGUUGCUCUGGAUAGUUUUCUAUUAUAUGUUUCUUAUUUUGUUCUUUUGAAUUCUGAAUUCUUGAAACUAGAUGAGCUUGAAGUUAACAGCUCGAAUUUUGAUUUCCAUGGAGUAGAAAGCCGUGCUUCUUUGGCCUUCUCUCUCCUGCCAGCUGUGGAGCUGUGCACUUGUUUUGUUCAUGAUAGCUGAACUAUCUGACUGAGGAAAGUGCAGCCUUUAAAAGCCUUUGUUACUGCAAAGAUUCCUUUUGAUGGUAAUCAUGGAUUUGUAAUCCUCUCCAUCCAAUUGGAAUAGUGCAUCUGCUUUUAUGUUUACCUCCUGUUGGCUGCUACUAUACCACAUUCUACUUUUUCAUCUUGCCUGGUGUUGCUCAGUCCCCAUCGUAUCUUUUCGUCGGACGUGCCAUUCUCCUUUUCUUUUGGUUUUAAAUAGAACAGGGCCAUGAACUGUACUCUCCUUGCAUCAAAUUGGGCCUACUAAUGCCUGCAAAAAUCCAGCCUUUGCAUGUGUGUGUUGAUGUUUUCCUGGAAGGACAGCAUCUUGCUACAGUGUACAGUAAAUUAGUAAGCUCGUCUGACCUUAUAUGGCCCAUACCCACAGUUUCAAAUUUAAGGGUUCAAUACUGAGGGCUUUGCAAGAGAGCAUUAUAUGCUUUGCUGCACUAGGUUGUUCGCUCGCCAGUUUCUUACCAGCUACCUGUAAUUCUAUUGUGAUUUAAUUGGCUACAUCAGCUUUUGGAUCACGGGUACAAGGUUGGUUUUGUAAUGUUCCAUACUCGCUGUUCCAUUUGAAUGAAUUUCUUGUCAUAACUGUCUUUUCAGGAUUCAUCAAUGUUGUUAUCCUCUGAGGCUUCCUUUGUAAUAAGAAGGCAGUGAUCAAUUUGUUUGACCUGAGUACCGGGAUGACCAGCAAAAAUGUGCUAACUGAUAGAACUCACAGAGAUGCUUGCAUCUUUCAGGCUCUCGAGUUCAUAAAAGCCGGCAAGAUGUCAAUAGAACUGUUGAUCCCAAAAUAGGUUGUGUAGAGGACAAAUUAGUAGUAGCUAGUACUAGGAAUUCUUCAAGCAACAAAUCAACCAUAUCUCCAAUGAACAGAUUAGUAGCAAUGGAGAUGUCCAAAGGAGUGGAAUCAAAGAGGAAGCCACCUAGUGUCGUUGCCAGACUAAUGGGGCUUGAUGAUGAUCUACCUGCUAAAGAACCAGCAUUACAAUCUUCUAGAAGAAAUUUGCGGAGAAGUCAUUCACUUGAUAAUUUGGCAGCAACAAACAGGCCCCAACAACAGCAAGAGCAGCAUUACAGCAGGACAACACCAAACAUACACAUAGGCCCCAAAGAGACAGUUGAAUUUAAGGAUGUGUACGAAGUCUCUGAAGAUCCAUUAAAGAGACAUCAUAUUCUGGGGCAAAAUUUUCCUUGGGAAAGAUCUUCUGGGAACAAGAGUGACACUAGGAUCGAAGCUGUUCGACAGAAGUUCAUGGAAGCAAAACGCCUUGCCACAAAUGAGAAUCUCAUCCAUUCAAAGCAGUUUCAAGAAGCUCUUGAGGUUCUAAGUUCAAACAGGGAGUUGUUUCUGAAGUUUCUUGAAGAACCAAGCCCUGCUUUCUUGAAGCAGCUCGAUGGACUUGACACAACGCCUGCACCGCCUCCGACGAAGCGUAUUACAGUGUUGAAGCCAAUCAAAUCUGUUGAGAACAAUGGAAUAAGAGAAACCAGAACACACCAAGUUAUUAAUGAAGAAAAUGAACUUGUGAUGGGAAAGACUCACCAGAGAUCUUACUCAGCAGAUGACAACUUCUCCAAGUCAACUAGGAUAGUGGUCCUAAAGCCUAGCCCUGGGAAGCCUAAUAGAACAGGAGCCAGGCUAACUGCCCGAGCAGCUCCAUCUGAACAAACUCGGCGGAUCGACUUCCAUGGAGGUUUACAAGAUGAUGCAUCCAUCCUAGGAUCUAGGGAAUUACUGCAUGGUUCGGUUCAGCACAUGCCAGAGAGUCGUCAUCGGCGGGACGAAUCCCUGAUAUCAUCCACAUAUUCAAAUGGGUAUGGUGGAGAUGAAAGCUCUUUCAGUGGGUCAGAAGUUGACUACAUUGAUGAAGGAGGUAGCCCAAGUGACUCAGAUGCAGUCAGUCCAAUGUCGCGACAUUCAUGGGAUUACAUCAGAAGACACAACAGUCCUCACUCAGCCUCUACUUUUAGCAGGGCCCAUUCACAUUCACCUGAGUCAUCUGUGAUCAGGGAAGCCAAAAAACGGCUUUCAGAGAGAUGGGCAAUGGUAUCAUACAAUGAGAUCAAUCAAGAACAAGUACCUUUGCGAAGGAGCUCAACCACCUUGGGUGAGAUGCUCUCCCUUCAAGUAGCUAAGAAAGAAGAAGCUGUUGCUGGGAUAAUUUCUGUUUCAAGCAACCGGUCAAGUGGCACAGAAAAUGAGUUGGCCAUGAAAGAUGCAUGCAAAUCUACUUUAAGAGAGUACGAUGAAAAUGGGAAGAGCUCUCCAAGGAAUUUAGCAAAAUCAAAAUCUGUCCCAGUGUCUUCAUCUAUAUUUGACAACGUAGCAGUGAAUGCUCAAUCUGCAAAUUCUGAAGGGACUCCGAAGGUGUUUACAAAGUCAGGUAGAGCAAAAUUAUCUUUCACGGGGAAAAUAUCAAGUUUUUUCUUCCCAGGCAAUAAAAGGCCAACAAAAGAGAAAACUUCCCUCUCAUCUGAUAGCUCAGGCGAGAUAUUUGGAUGUAUCGGGCACAUGGUGCCGCAGUCUGAUCACAAUCUUGGUCCUGAUGAACAAAUGGCUUUUUGCAAGGAUGAAGCUGAUAAUUCCACCAAUCAUGCUCCCUGUUCUACAAAACAGGAUGCUGGUUCCAUAGAAGUACCUGUAUCUUCUGACUGUGUAAGUGGAGAUGUUGAUGAAGUAAAAUCAAAUGGUGAUCUAAAAUCUAUCCACGAUGAGACUAGUCCUACUUCAAUUCUUGACACGGUUUUUGAAGAUAGCAACAGUAAUGAACCUGAAUCUUCAAGAAGAACUUCCUGCACCGAGAGGGUUGCCUUACGAUGCCCUGCUAUCGAUUCUGUUGCCCGCUCAUUUUCAUGGGAAGAUACCAACUCAGGUUCUCCGUUGCUAGGUGGCCUAAAGCAUUCCAAUGUAGAUGAUGCCGAUUAUGAUGAUGAUGAACUAAAAUGUUACUCUCUUGUACAAGAGAUAGUAUCAUCUGCUGGAUUAUGCCAUCUGCAGUUAAGUAUGGUCUUCACAGGGUGGUACCUGCCUGAAUCCCCCCUUGAUCCUGCAUUGUGUGACAAGUUCUUGGAUCGCAAGGAGGAGGAUGCUAAAUCGAGGGAGCGAAGGUCACACCAAAAGCUCAUUUUCGAUUGUGUAAAUAUGGCCUUGGUUGAGAUUGGCCAGGAUACGUUACUAUGCAGCUAUCCAUGGAGUAGAGCAUGCUUAAGAACAUGGAGGGAGAAACUAUCUGAAACCUUGGGUGAAGAAGUAUGGAACAUCGUGAGCGAUUGGCUUUAUGGAGAUGGGAGCUUUGCGGCAAACAAGGACGACAAUGCUGGAAUAAUCUUGGAAAGAAUUAUGCAGGAGGAGGUGGAAGGGAAGGGUUGGAUUAAGCUAUUGACAAUGGAAACAGAUGAGAUCACUGAGCAGAUUGCCAGUGAAGUGUUGGAGGACAUUGUCACAGAUUCUGUGGAGCAUCUGUCAAUUUGUUGUUCAGAGCAUGGCAUUUCAAUGCCAGUAGCAAAUCUGUAGGAAGCAAUUUCUUUCAUAUGAGCACUUGCCUUGAAUUUUGUUGUGCUGAAAGAAUUCCUCAGCAGCUUCAUAGAUUGUAUAUAAGUCCAUGUAGUUGCUUACUCUUGCUUCUGCUUAUACCUACAGCUCAGAUUGGCCAAAAUCGUGCAGUUCUUUACUCUGUAGAUGUCCUACUGGUCAAAUUGGGUUAGUCAGAAGUCUAACAAUAGCAUAUGGUGUCAGUAGUAUUGUAGCUUUUUGGGAAGCGAAAUACUAACUUUUAGUGGCCGUGUGUGUUUGACUUUGAGGUGCAGCAGAACACUGCUCCAUAUGACCAUAUGCUGCAAAGAGUAUUAUAUAAUGCAUUCCGGCGCCAGUUGGCAGCAUCCUGGUGUCUUGA